UACGGUAUCCGACGAAUGCCAUCCGCGGGGAAUGCGAAUCGAAUUGAGAAGAUCUGGUAUUCUCAUAACCGAUCGGCAAUGGAGUUCGCGAAUAAAAAUUUGUUGAUAAAGCAGUUCGCGGAUUCACUGUAUUCCCAUAAUCGUAAUCGAAACGCAAUAAGUGUCUUUUGCUCUAAGUGUCAUUCGCUGAAUAAUUGUUGCGGAUUUAAUAAAAAAAAUUGAAAAUAUCACGCAAUAAGAUGGAGUUCAAUAAAAGAAGUCGUACCACAAACCGAGAACAAUUCGCUUUAAUGGCUGAACGGAUGAAGCUCAACGGGGGCAUUGCCAAAAGUAUGUCCAAUGAGCCACCAGAGGUAGUAUCCGUGUUCUGGACAUCACUUAGCACGGACUUAAAUGCGUUAGGACCUCCAACAAAGUCCCUUGCCGAGUGGAAAAAAGUAUGGUCAGAUUUUAAAUCCUCCAUAAAGAAAAAAUUGUCUAACAACCGAAUACAAAUGCGAGCAACAGGUGGAGGUCCAAAUAGGGAGGUACAAUUGACUGCUUUGGAAGAGGAAGUUGCGCAGCUGGUGAAUAUUUAUGACGCCGUUGCGGGAGUCUCCGGCAGGCACUGUGGUACGCCACAAGGCCCAUCUCGUGGUAGCCACACAGACAGCGCAGCUUCCGAGCCAUCUACCAGUGGUGCAGUAAACAGGGAAGAAGCUGAUAAUAUGGAAAAUGCUGAAAAUUCAAAUGGAAACAGUUCUUCACCUACGUCUCCGCAACCCCAACAGAGAGUGCCACAAAGGAGAACCCAAUUGACGCUCCUUAAAACUCAGUUAAACAUCGCUAUGGACGUGUUAGACUCCAUAACAUAUAACAUCGAGUCGAUAACGUCGAAAACCAUGUUUAAGCUCUAG